GGCAGAGGCGGCCACGAUGAGCACUGGCGACGCCGUGUGCACGGGCUGGCUCGUCAAGUCGCCCCCCGAGAGGAAGCUGCAGCGCUAUGCUUGGCGCAAGCGCUGGUUUGUGCUCCGUCGUGGCCGCAUGAGUGGCAAUCCUGAUGUCUUAGAAUACUACCGCAACAAGCACUCCAGCAAGCCCAUCCGUGUGAUAGACCUCAGCGAAUGCACUGUGUGGAAGCAUGCAGGCCCUGGCUUCGUUAGGAAAGAAUUUCAAAACAAUUUUGUGUUCAUUGUCAAGACUGCUUCCCGUACCUUUUACCUAGUAGCCAAGACUGAGGAAGAAAUGCAGGUGUGGGUACACAGCAUCAGUCAAGUUUGCAAUUUCAGUCAUCUGGAAGAUGGUGCAGCAGAUUCCGUGGAGAGUUUCUCUCACAUGCCCUCCUCCCUCCAGCCAUCCCCUGCCAGUUCACUUCAUACCGCCCAUGUUGCCAACUCUGCCUUGCCAAAAGAUGACCCAAAUGCUAAUACUGUAGCUACUGAGGAAACCAGAAGUGAGUCAGAGUUUCCUUUCCUUCCUGAUUAUCUGAUCCUGUCCAACUGUGAGACUGGAAGACUGCACCAUGGCAGUCUUCCUACCAGAUGUGAAAGCUGGUCGAAUUCAGACCGCUCAUUGGAACAGACUUCAUUUGAUGAUGUUUUUCUUGAUGGUCUGCAGCCGUUUACCUCUAAUAACUUGGUCCACCCCUUGUACUAUGGGAAUGGAUCUCAAGAUGUGCCUUCCACAAGGCCCCAGCCUGCUCUAAUCUGGAAUAGAGAAAUCAAUGGCCCGUCCAGGAACCAUGUGCCUUCUUCAUCAUUGCUGGAAUCUUCCUUAAACCCUGCAAUUCAUGUGGGAAAAAAGCAAGUUUGCUUACCCAGUGGGGCAAAGGAACUAAACAUUAUGUCCAACACUCCACCUCCUCGUCCCCCUAAGCCAAGUUAUCUCUCUGAACGGCUCCAAGAUCAGCUCCUGUUGACUGGGCACAGCAGUAACAAGAAGCCAGGGUAUACUAUGAUGCCAAGAAGAACCUCUCUCUCCGGUUUAGACCAUGUGGGGUCCUGGAAAGGUGAUGUACAAAGCCAGUCCUUAAGACACCGAGAUAAGCGGCUCAGUUUAAAUCUGCCGUGUAAGUUUUCACCGAUGUAUCCCACAGCUUCACCCAGUGCUGAAGAUGGCUAUGUGCCCAUGAGCCCCAAAGGCACUACUUCUGGUCUUAUACCCCACGAUAGCCAGGAUGACUACAUCCCAAUGAGCUCAAUCAUGCUGUCCGAGUUGCCUGCAGACUUGGAGCCACCCCCAGUGAACAGAGACCUCAAGCCCCAGAGAAAAUCUCGGCCGCCUCCCUUGGACCUGAGAAACCUUUCCACCAUCCGAGAACACACCUCUCUAACCAGGACUCACACUGUGCCUUGCAAUCGAACAAGCUUUCUCUCUCCACAAAGAAAUGGUAUUAAUUCUGCAAGAUUUUUUGCCACUCCUUCCAAAGAAGAAGAAAGCUACAUCCAAAUGGAGGAAUACAGAGCAGUCAAUUCCCUGAGCAGUAGUGCUCUUACUUGGACAAAGAAAUUCAGCCUGGAUUAUCUGGCCCUGGACUUCAAUUCAGCAUCACCAGCUCCUGUGCAGCAGAAACCUUUCCUUUCAGAAGAGCAGAGAGUGGAUUAUGUCCAAGUGGAUGAGCAGAAGACACAAGCUCUCCAGAGCACCAAGCAGGAGUGGACCGAUGAGAGGCAAUCCAAAGCGUGAGAGGUGUGGGCUUGGGCAAAGUGUGCAACAUGGAAGCUUACGAAUAUGUUUUCAGUUUCUCCACUAAAAAUAUACCAGUGAUCGGUAUGGGGCAAAACCAAGAGUGUCGUUUGGGGAGUCUUGGCAAAAACUCACAGAAAAAGAGAAAGUGAAUGCUAUAGUCACAGAUGUUAAUGUUUAAAAAAAAAAAGUAAUUCAUUCAGGCAGAGUAGGAACAACAAGAAAGGAUUACAAAAGUGUUUUCUCAAACACUCUGUUAAAGUUUUGUCAAAUGGAGUUUUUGAGGCCAAAUUUGGAACCAGUAUUAACAGCAACAGGAUGAUGUUAUUUGCAUUCAGUAUCUGAAAUUCUCUCCUAUCCCCUACAUUUUGAUUGUAAUAAUAAAUUAUCCUAGCAAAGGAAGGGGACUUAGUGAUGGUCUUGCCACAACCCCUGAAGACAUAGUUGAGGAGAUCAAGUCUAGCAAUGGUGCUUUUAUAUCUUUACAACAAAGAUUUCAUUGGGCCAGUCAUUUCUGUUCCCAAAGCAAUAUAACUGAAGUGAUGGGUAGUGGAUCUGUCUAGGCAUUAAGGGAUGGCAGAAGUCGAAGUGUAACUCCUCAGUAAAGGCUCCAUGAUGAACAUAUCAGAUGACACUAGGAGAACUGAAAACAUGGCUUCUGUUUGCUAUUCUGUAGCUGUUUGCCCUUUGCCCAGCAUGCUUUUGUGUGUAUCAUCUCAUAUCUUCCAAAAGACUUCAGAAGUAAGACAUUCAGAGACUGUUACUCUCACUUUGAAGAAAAGAAAAAUGAAAAGCAGAAGAGUAAACAUAUUGCUCAAGAUUACUCACAAAAUUGAGACAUAAUGUCAGGCUUAGGGCUGUCCAGACUAUGAGCUGCAGGCUUAUUCUUCUGCCUUAUAUUACCUUGAGAAGUCAGAAGAGCUCCACCAACUGAGUCAGUCUUGGUGACCUGUGGGAGAUACCUGCAGACAUAAGAUGAACCAUCACCUCACCUUUUCAUGAUGAUGUGCACAGAUGCUUUUGAUAUUUGAAAGGGAAACAUUUGCAGUGAGGGCCUCUGUAUGAUGUUACAGUACCUCCUGGUGGCCAGUCUGAGAUCCAUUCUUGACCACAUAGUCUCAUAUACAAUCAACAUUUUUCUUUGCUUUGUGAGAUGAUUGGUGCUGGCAGAGGAAUUUUUAGCACCUCAGGGAAGACAUAAGCUGUCAAUAGUCCCUGUGAAUGACUCAUACUUUUAUGUGAUAAAAAUGACCUGAAAAAAAUCUAAAAACAAGUUCUACUCUCAGAUUUCCUGACUGUAUUUCUCCUAUACUUGAGAAAUGACUAACUCCUAAGACUGAAAAUUUGCUUGUUUCCCUUUAUGAUUCUGGAGGCUGAGGAACCCAAACCAAAGGUCUCAUUAGAGAUUGGAGUGUUACUUAAUUUCCUUUCUGAUCUUUCAGAGAACUUAUAACUAGACGAUAUAAAUGAACUACGAAAUUAAUAGAUCCAGCUCUGCCACUUCAACCUGGCUAUUGUGUGUUAUAUAUGAAAAUAGAUCAAAUAGGCAGCCAUCUCUAUGAGAGACAGCAUAGCCAGGCUUUGUCAUAUGGUGUCAGCAUUUCAUACUACCUCAAAUACAAAUAAGUAAAAAAAAAUUUUUUUAAUGCCAUGUAAGAAAUCACUUUGAUUUUCAAAAGAGCAGGGUUCUGGUUACUACAUCAUUUAUUUUUUUUUUUUUCAUGUGGAAGUGGAGAAAUUGCCAGAGGCUUUAAACAAGUUCAAGGAUCUUAGUAUAUUUGGACCUCAUAUCCAGCCCCAUGCCAUAACACACAGGCCUGUGAGGAGUUUCCUUCUUCUCCCUAUAAUAGACAAACAACCACAUAAAUCCCAAGCAGAAAUCCAAAGCUAUAAAUGCUUAUAGACAGGAGCCAACCUUCCCCAGGUAUAAGAUACUUGUGUUUGGAUCAUUGAUUACCUGGAAAAAGCUAGUGAAGGGUCAGGAACCACACAGUGAUGAAGACAGAAGUUAUAGCUCAAGUUGCCCGCAUGGAAUGUCAAGUCAACGUAUAAAUUUAUUUUACCUACAAAACAUUUCUAAGGAUGUAUUUUCAGGAUUAGUAUGUAAGUUAAUACAACCCUUUUGGAUAUGCUAAAAACAAGAGUACCCUAAGUAAUAACUUUUUUACAAGGUAAAAGAUGUUAUUUCUAGGAUGGCCUGCUUUGAUAAACCUGCUAAAAGAUGGCUGCCUAAGAGCACAGUGAAACAAAGCAAAGGAAUUUGUAAAACUGGAAGUAACAAGUGCCCCUAAGAAAGUUACCGCUCAGUCAGAGUAGUGCCAUCUAAAUCUUGUUUCCUUACGGAAGCAGCAUAUAUGUAAGAGAGGUUUCUGUUUUUAGCCGAGGGCCUGGUGUUUGCUAUAGGAAUGAUAGCAGAGAACAUUUUGAGUUAAAUGUACAUGGCUUAGCUUUACACUGUUCAACGGACACCUUUCUGAGAACUCUAGGGACCAAUUCAAUAAGACAGUGCUGUUGUCAAUUUUACUCUGUUUUCUGUGGCUCCUUUCUUUUUUAUUCCCAGUGCAGGAUGGGGAACAGGAGGCCUUCAGCCUGCAAGUGGGAAAGCUGCAAAUCCAGGAGCAGUGAGGAGUUAGCUUUCCUUAGGGAAGGAGGCCUGAGGCACACACAGCCUGCCUGUAGAAGGAAAAAAUAAUGUAGCUAUAGUUGUUUCACUAUACAGCUGGAAUCAGAUGAACCAUCAUGACUUGUAGUUCAGUGUCCAAACUUAAGAAGCCCACUAAGCAUUCCUCUUCUUAAUGAUCUCCGUAGUCCCCCAACUCAUAUAAUUUUUGUACCUACAAUGACACUGAUUUUUCAAUUUUAUUUCACUUUUACUAUUUCAUUUCUGGCAUUAAUAAAAGUUUUAUAAGGAGGAA